CGCUUGUUGGCCAUAAGUCGAAUUUAGUGCAACGGCAACUCUUGAACGGUACUGUUGGCUUGCGGAGUUUGGUUUUCACACACUGAAUCCGCCAAAUACGAAGGUAACCUGUUAGAUACGUUUAACCGAAUUACCAACAGCAGCGCCAAUAAUAAAUAAUUACAACAACAACACACAAAUAUACCGACCGACGACAAGCGAGACGGCGAAAUAAACUGCAUACCUCAAGUACAACAACAACAACAACAGCAACAUCAGAUACAACAACAAGUAGCCCCUAAAAGCAUUGCCGCCAAAAUGCUUCCGUUCCGGCAUGGAACGGCCUGGCGAGCGCUCUUUUUACUUUGCGUGCUCUCCUAUUUUAUAAAUGUCGCGAGCUCCGAAGGCCGAGUUGUUUGCUACUACACAAAUUGGAGUGUUUAUCGACCGGGUACUGCGAAAUUCAAUCCACAGAACAUCAAUCCAUAUUUGUGCACACAUUUAAUCUAUGCAUUCGGUGGAUUCACGAAGGACAAUCAAAUGAAGCCGUUCGACAAGUACCAAGACAUAGAACAGGGUGGCUAUGCAAAAUUCACCGGGCUCAAAACGUACAACAAGCAAUUGAAGACAAUGAUUGCAAUUGGCGGCUGGAAUGAAGCCUCUUCACGUUUCUCACCAUUGGUGGCCAAUCCCGAACGGCGUCAGCAAUUCAUUAAGAACAUCUUGAAGUUCUUGCGACAAAAUCACUUUGAUGGUAUCGAUUUGGAUUGGGAAUAUCCGGCACAUCGUGAAGGUGGCAAAUCGCGUGAUCGCGAUAACUAUGCUGAAUUUGUGCGUGAAUUGAGAGCGGAAUUCGAACGUGAAUCGGAGAAAACUGGACGUACAAGGUUGCUGCUUACAAUGGCUGUUCCUGCGGGUAUUGAGUACAUUGACAAGGGAUACGAUGUGCCCAAGUUGAAUAAGUAUCUGGAUUGGUUCAAUGUGUUGACCUACGAUUUCCAUUCGUCGCAUGAGCCAUCGGUUAAUCAUCAUGCGCCCCUCUACUCUUUGGAGGAUGAUUCCGAGUACAAUUACGAUGCCGAGUUGAAUAUCGACUACUCCAUCAAGUACUAUUUGAAGGCUGGCGCUGAUCGCGACAAGUUGGUGUUGGGUAUUCCCACCUAUGGACGGUCUUACACGCUCAUCAACGAGGAAAGUACUGAGCUUGGCGCCCCAUCUGAGGGACCCGGCGAACAGGGCGAUGCGACCCGCGAGAAGGGAUAUUUGGCUUACUACGAGAUUUGUCAAACACUCAAAGACGAUCCAGAUUGGACUGUAGUGCAGCCGAAUGAAAAUGUGAUGGGUCCGUAUGCGUAUAGACGCAACCAAUGGGUUGGCUACGAUGAUGAAGCGAUUGUCCGCAAAAAGGCCGAGUAUGUGGUUGCGCAUGGACUGGGAGGUAUUAUGUUCUGGGCCAUUGACAACGAUGAUUUCCGUGGCGCGUGUAGCGGCAAACCGUAUCCGCUGAUUGAGGCUGCCAAGGAGGCAAUGCUCGAGGCGUUUGGACUGGGCAUCAAUGAGGUGGGUAAACCAAGCAGUCCACAGAAGCCAUCACGCUCGCGAGGUCGCGACCGCAAUCAACUAACCUCCAAGCCCGACUCAGGUGCCAGCAGACAGUCUGCCACUCGCCGACCAGCUGUCAGCAGUACAACGACAGUGACACCGCGGAGCACAGCCGCAAUUCGACUAACUGAAGCCGAGGGCUCAUCUCUGUACAUUGGUGGACGUGGCUCGACGACACCUGCACCACCGACUACACCGGAUCCUGGUUCGGACUUCAAGUGUGAAGAGGAGGGCUUCUUCCAGCAUCCUCGCGACUGCAAGAAAUACUAUUGGUGCUUGGAUAGCGGUCCAUCUGGACUGGGAAUUGUUGGACAUCAGUUCACUUGUCCAUCGGGAUUGUAUUUCAAUCCUGCUGCCGAUUCAUGCGAUUUUGCUCGUAAUGUGCCAUGCAAAACAAAGAAAUCGACGACAUCGCCUCCAAUUACCACAACAACAGCUAAGACGACGACAACAACAACCAGGCGACCAGCAAGCAACCAGAAUCGCGUGACAGCAGCGCCAGUGGCACGUCCAAUUUAUCCACGCGUCUCGAGCACAACAAGCACCACAACAACCACAACGAGCACUACAACGACAGCUGCACCAGAGGUGAUUGAAUACGACGAAGAGGACGGCAAUGAGGAGCACUCGGCCAACAGGUUCAACGAUGCUGAAGAGGAUCCACAAGUGAUUAAGGAGCUCAUCGAUCUGAUCCGAAAGGUCGGCGGAGUCGAGAAACUCGAGAAGCACUUGUUGCAAAACAAAGAUGGCUCCAUUACGCUCAAGGAGCACUCGGCCUCUGUCUCUGGCAACGGAGCACCCACAACACCCUCAACGAUCAGCAAAUCACUAUACGAUCGUGUCCUGAAACGUCCUGGCACCUUCAGUGCGUUCACACGCAAUCGUGUGCAAGUCACCGAGAAAACCGAAUCGAGCAAAACUAUUAACAAUGCAGGUGCGGAGAGCAGCGGCGAAGGCAACUCACAAUCGCAAUCAAGCUACUCGAAGUACUCGUCGGUGGUGCGCGGCAACAGUCGCCAGGGACCACAAAACGAGGGCAUCGACAAGAUUGCCGAGUCCGAGGGCUUCCUUAAGGAACGCAAACAGUACGUGACCAUCAAUCGCAAUCGUGGUGUCAAUCGUGAGGAGCAUGACACUGAGCUGACCGCCAACAAUGAGACUGAUGACGAGGAGCUCGAUGUGUCACAACCUGAGACGACCACAAGGCGUUCGUUGAGCGCUGCAACGCCAUCGUAUACAAGCUUGAGACGCGCACGUCCGAGCACAACUACGAAGCCAGCACCGCUCGAAUCCGAGUCAGAAGAGGAGCAGGAAGAGGAACGUCGUACUGUCGUCAAGGAGCAGCAGACGCAGACCAAGCAUUAUGCCACAUUGAGUCGCACACGUGGACGCACAACGGAACGAUCGGAUAUCGGUGAAUCUGAGGGAUCUGGUGUGUCAGUUAGUUCAACAACAAACAGAUACAAAUACGUUGAAAGGACGCGGCCAACGACGAGCAGCAGCGGUUCAAGGAAUGCGGUGUCCGAUGCCAUUGACGAUGAGGCUGAUGAAGAUGACGAGGAGGAAUACGAGGAUGAUUCACAGCAGAAAAAUGUAAAGUUCCAAAGAAAUCAAUUCACCACAAGCACAACACCAGCAACAACAAAUACACGUAAAUACGCGAGCAUCGGCCGCAGAACCACAACAACAACAACAACACCAGAAACAACAACCACAACAGCAACCGGCACUGAGACUGCCAAGGCGAGCACCGACACCGACACCAAAAACACCAACAACAACCGCCGCAACAACAACAACCACAACAACAACAAUGUGAAAACUAACAACGUACCAUCAGCAGCACAAAUAAUCACCCAAGAACCCGAAACAACAGCAACAACAACUACAAUCACUAACGAAACCACUGAACCAAUUGAUAAACCAAACACUAGAAUAACGCUCACAACGAGCGCUACUAACAUUGAUACCACCACUGCAACCACCACAACCACCUCACCACCCACACCCACACCCACAACCACACCCACACCUACACCCACAAUUUUACCCACUAUCCAAACACCAACAACCAGCAUCAAUUCAUUGGAGUUGGCCGAUGGCAUUAACGAUUUAUUCGAGCCACAAUUGACAACACUGUCGCCAGCCAAUGUUGAUGAUUCUUUCCCUAACACAAAUAACAACCGACUUAAUAACCUAGCACAAGUUGCUUCUACAACCACGACGGAGUCCGAACAACAGGCAACAAGGACAACAACAACAACUACGGACAAGAGUGACAGCAACAACGAGAACGAGAACGAUUACAAGAACAAUAUUGAUAGUGAGGUAACAACAACAACAACAAUCAAAACGCCAUAUAAACGCAUAAGAACGAACAUCAACAACCAGAACAACAACAGAAACAUCAACAAGAUCAACAAUGAUAAUAUUAAUAACAAUAAUGCAGAAGCAGUCAACGAAGCUAGUCCCAAUGUUGGUAACUCGAAAGGUUUGAGUAGCGUUAAUCCUAGUGUAAAUAGCAUAAGAACCAACUACUCCGGUAGAAGGCAACCACAAAGAACAUCCCAACUUGAACUGACAACAACCACAACAACUGAGCUACCUAGCAUUUCUAGUCCAAGACCUUUCGGUUAUCCCAGACGUCGAACACGUCCUGUAGCAACUAAAACCCAAACCCAAACCGCACAAUCCACAAGCACAACCACAAACAACAACACCACCACCACCACCAACAGCACUGUCAACGUCAACGAGAACGAUAACAACGAGAACAAGACUUUAACGGACGUAGCUAAAACACGAACACGUUUAUCACAAGUGGAUAGGCCCAAGAAUCGGUAUCAAUUGAGCCGCACUCGAGGCAGCGGCAGCACGACCUCAAGAACAACAACAACAACAACCACAACCACAGCACCACCAACAGCACGUCGCUUUGCAUUUGGUACACGCAGCCGCACACAGGUAACUAAACUAGCCACACGUGAUCCGCAGACAAACGAUGAAUCCGAUGAAGAAGAAGAUGGUGAAGAGGGCGAAGCCGAUAGCGGAGAAGAUCAAGAAGAUGCCGCGACUGAGACAACAACCGCUAAAAUAACACUCACAGCAACAACAACGACAACCACAACAGCUCCACCAACAGCAACAAAGCCAACACUUAAACGCGUGCGCGUAAUCAAAUAUCGACGACCGCUGCAGUCGAUCGAUAGUAACGAUAGCGAUAACGAUAGUACAAAAAGCACCACUAAUAGCGUCGCCACUCGCACACACACUGAAUCACAAAACACAAAUACAACCACAGCCACAACAACGACAACAACAACUAUCCUUAAUAGCGAGAGCAACAACAAUGGCACAACGCGUAAACGUUUCCGUAAAAUUGUACGCAAGCUGCGACCCGUUGAUGUUGCACAAGCCACAACUGUUGAGCCCGAGAUCAAGGUCAAAACCGAUCAAGAUCAGCAUGCUGUUUCAGGUUCAGAGACUACAACAACGACACGCAAACCGUUCCAUCCAAGUCGAUCACGUUUCGAAAGCUCCCAAAAGCAGGAGUCGGACGAGAAGGAGGUGAGUGAUGAUGACGUUGAUGUUGAUGUUGAGCAGAACAAAGUGCUGUUGCCCCAGCGACGACCAAACGAUUUGCAGAGUCUGCGCAAUCGCCUCAAGGCGCAGCAAGCUCAGGGCGAGGGCACCGAUGGUGUCAUCAGCACCCGACUGACGGGUGGUAAAUCGAAUGAAGCCGCUCACACAGGAGAGGAGUCGGAAUUGCAAAAACUACGCGACAAGGUGAAGGCUGAGCAGGCACGUGGCAGUGGGGAGCAGGGUGUGAUCAAUGAUCGUCUAAAGAAGGUGCUGGCCGAGAAGAAUGCCAACGCUGCUGAUAGACCUGAAACGUCAACAAGGGCAGGACUAACCCUUGGCACAGGUUCGUCACCACGUCCAUUCUUCCGACGCAAGCUGGUGGCAAAGCGACCAGUCGCCACCAUUAGCACCAUCAAUAGCACACGAUCGACAACUACGACAGCAACUUACAAGCGCCGCAAGAACGGACGUUUCGAUCCCUUCAACUCUAGUGUGCAGAACAAGGGUGAGGGCUUUGUGCGCACCGAUCCCCGAGGACGACUCGAUGCCAAUCGCUUCAAGCAACAGCAGCAGCAACAGGAAGAAGAUGGCGAUGAUGAUGAUGAGGAUGAGGAUGAUGAUUCAUACGAAGCGCAACAAGAGCUGCCACAGACCCAAGUGAAUGUUAGGCCAGCACUCGCCAAUCAGGAGAUUGUGCGUCGACCAUUUGUGCCCAUAAAGAAGCUACCACAACCGCCAGUUCGUCAGACCGAGGAGAGCCAAGAAGAGGACGAUGAUGAGGACGAUAACGAGGACGAUGAGGAAGACGAAGGUGAAGAUGACAAUGAAGACGAGCAAGUGGAAAAACAAAGCCAAGCCCCUCACUCCAGCCAGGAGCUCGACAGCAGCACCAAUCAGCCCAAAUCGAAUUCUCCCUAUCGCCCUAAUCGUGUGCUGCCCGGCAGUCGACCCAAUAUCGCCCCAACUGCUGGCGGCAAUGCUGGCAAUGUGCCAUACAAUUCACGUAACCGCAACGCUUCCAGUUCCUCUGCCAAUUCCUCUAGCUCCACCUCGUCGUCGUCGUCGACGCCAGCCAAUCGCUUUGGUAGUAGCAACCGACCACGCGUCGUGAAUCGUCCGCUGGGCGUUGCAACACCAAAUCUAACGUUGCGUCCGGUGGCCAACAAUUAUGAGCGCACCACACCGUUGACACCGCUGAAACCGGCGCCAUUUAUACCGAGCAAUACGCGCAGCUAUGAGCGCAAAUACACAGGUCCAUCGACAGAGACACCGGAGAUAUCUCUAGAGAAUUCUCUGAUCGAGGACUUGAACAUUGAUGCGCUCAAUGCGCGCAACAAGAAGAUCUUUGAUAUACACAGCAAGAAGCACACAACGCUUAAGCCAAAGGUAGCAACGAAAGAGGCAGAGACAGAGCAAGAGGCAGGAGCAGAGGCAGAGGUGGUCAAUAAGCAACAGCAGCAACUGUUGGAAGAGAAUCAGGGAUAUGUGACAACCACACCAAGCACACCAACAGAAACAACAACAACAUCUCCAAAUCCAACUCAGAUAACACAACAGUCAACAGACACAACAGUCACAAACACUGAAACCGAAACAACUAUCGAUUCUAUCGAUAACGAUACCGCACAGCCACCAACAAACGUGUUCAAUGCCAAUGCUAAUGAAGCCACAAACAUCUCUUCACUCUUCACACAGAACCACAGAUCGCCAGCAUCAGCAUUAUCCUCAACCACCUCACCACCGCCCCCGGCAACAACAUUGCUGCACGUGUUCACCCUGCUCGACGGCGAGACGAACGAUGGGGACGACCACGAGCCAACGGGUCGUCCUGCCACUACCAGCAAAAACCGCCACAAGAUCACCGCUUCUGUUGAGCCAAAGCACAAACUGAUCGAGAUCAAUCGCAUUGUUGAGAUCAACUCGAAGCAGGCACGUCUCGCUCAACGCAAGUCGAAAGCAAAUCAAGAGUUUAGUCCCGGCAUUUUGCGUGUCGAAUCGCUGCCGCAUGUCGAGCAGCUGGGUGAGAUUAGUGUGGUGAAAUAUGUACAUCUGGUCGAUGGCAGUGAUAUACAAGUGAACGAUGGUCACAGCACCGUUGCCGAUUACACGCCCACUGAAUCGAUAAUACCCAAGAGCGUCAGUUCAUCGGCGCCGGUUCGCAAUAGUCUGCCCGAGACGGAGAGCAGCAGUGUGGGAGACAGCGAUAGCGAGCGCAAUGGUAAAUCCUUAUUGCCGGAGGUGAUACGUGAGGCAUUCGAGACAUCGACGAUCUCGUUGGAAGGUCUGUUUGAUUCGGCGCGCAAGGCGAAACUGCUCAACAUCAACAACAACAUUAACGGCAACAGCAAUAGCAACAGCAACAGUGAGGAUGAGGAAGUGAAAAGCAGCACGAUACACCAGGAACUGGAAAAGGAGCAGGAACAGCAACAGCAACAGCAACAGGAUAGCACAGAGACAGCGAUACCAGCAACAUACCUGCGAACACCAACUGCAACCACAACUACAACAGCAACAGCAACGACGACGACGACGGCAACAGCAACAGCAGCGCUGACUUCAACUGCGACAGCAACAGUGUCGCGACGUCCGGUGUUGAGCGUGCGCAGGCGCAUAAUAAACACGCCAGUUGCAAAGUCAGAGGCAACCACGCAGCCAACAGACGAGUUGCUAACGACGACCUCCAAUAAAUAUAUUCGCCGUGGUAGUAAGCACUCGACAGCAGCAGCAGCAGCAGUAGCAGCGACGGCAGCAGCAACAACAACAACGACACCAGCAACAUCAACCAGCAACAUUCAUCUGAGCAAACUGAAGACGCAAAGCUCGUCAGCAACUAUUUACAGCAACAACAACAACAACAACGGCAGUAGUGUUGGCAACAUCAAUGUUGAUAGCACACAACAGCAACAAAAGCAACACAAAUUCCAGGCGGCGAGUUUUGCGCUUCGUCGUCAAUUUCAAACACGACGUUUAACAACAACAGCGUCCCCAGCAAACAACGAUGAGAGCUCCACGGAGGUGCCGCGAACACAGAAUCCGCUCUUCAAGCGAAGACUCGCGCUGACAUCCACGGCACAACCGCCACGUACAACAACAAUAGCUCCAGAAAUAACAACUGAUUUUGGCAUUGAUAACGAUGGCGAUCAGGUGGCCAAGUCGAGCAUACAAUCGAGUCAAUUUAAUCAGAUUCCGGAGCAAGUGAGACCAGCAAGCAUUAGCACAACGGCACCGCACUUUACGGUCAACAAUAGUACGCGUCGUCAACUAAUUGCUCGUCCACGUAGGCCACAAUCUGUGACGAGCACAACGACCGCAGCACCGGAAUUCGCGCCGCCUUUGUCCCGUCGCCAACAGAGUCGUCGUCGUCCGCACAAAUACAUCGAGGUGUACAAUCGGCCGCCAGGUAAGCCGGCGCUCACCACUCCACUUCCAGCUCCGACUAAUCCAGCGGCUAUUCGACGAUCGAGUGCCUACAACGAUUACACUGAUGAUAGCCAGCCGCAAUUGAGAAAAAAGUCGAAGCAACAACCACAGUCACCGCCCAAGGUGGUUUUACAUGGGCGUGGCAUUAUCGAAUGCCUGGAUGAGGGCAACUUUCCGCAUCCAAACAGCUGUCGCAAGUUCAUAUCCUGUGCCAAAUUCGUGGAGACUGGCGGCAUCGUCGGAUGGGAGUACACCUGUCCCAAGGGGCUUGGCUACGACAGCUUCAGCGGCAUGUGCACAUAUGUGACAACUAGCGAUGGCAAAGCCUGUCGAGAUUAAAUAUUAAAUAGCAUCAAUUUGGAGUGUUUUUUUUUUCGUAUAUUGCGCUGAUGCCCAUGAAGAUUUUGUGAUUAUUUAAGUGAAGCUUGCAAAAUUUAUUAAA